AUGUCUCCCAAAGUCCUCUUGAUGGGCCCCAUGCCCUACGUCAAGGAACAUUUCUUCGCCCAGGUCUCCCCUCUCGCCGAGAUCGUCCAGCUCUCUUCGGUCAGCUACGAAGAGCUCGAGACGGACUUUACGACCAAGUACAGCGGCGUCAAGGCAAUCUACCACUUUCGAGAUCCCGGGAGUUUCUUUGGACACCUCGGGGAAGACUUUUUCAAGCGCGUCCCUGAGUCGUGCAAGGUCGUCUGUCACUUGGGAGCGGGGUAUGACGAUAUCGAUGUCGAGUCUGCAAAGAAGUACGGGAUCCGAGUCACGCACACUCCCUCCGCCGUAGACGACGCCACAGCGACAACCACCAUCUACCUCAUCAUCUCCGCCAUGCGCCAAUUUGCCAAAGCUGAAGUCGCUUGCCGCGCUGGCGAAUGGAAGAAGAACCUCCCGCUCGCGCGUGAUCCAGAACACAAGACGCUCGGUAUUGUUGGGAUGGGAGGUAUCGGAACGGUGGUAGCGAGGCGGAUGGCGCUGGGGUGGGGAAUGAAGGUCAUCUACUACAACCGCAAGAAGCUGGCAAAGGAGCCAGGGGACUUUGUGGUGGAGUACAAGGAGUCGCUGGACGCGUUGUUGGAAAAGGCGGAUGUGGUGUCUCUGCAUGUUCCUAUGAGCGCAAAGACGAAGGACCUUAUUGGCAAGGCGCAGCUGGACAAGAUGAAGACGGGAAGUGUGCUGGUCAAUACUGCUAGGGGCGGUCUGAUCGAUGAAUGUGCUCUUCUCGAGGUGCUCUCCAGCGGCAAGCUCCAGGGUGUCGGUCUCGAUGUCUACCCAGAUGAGCCUCGCAUCAACCAAGAGUUCUUCAAGUACCCAUGUGUCACGUUGCUCCCGCACAUGGGCACAGAAACUUGGGAUUCGCGCGACAAGAUGGCGCUGAUGGUUCUGGACAACAUCUUGGCUUGUCUGAAGGGUGAAGCGCUUCCGAACAUCGUCCCGGAGCAUCAGUAG